AUGUCUUCCAUUCUACCGGCAGCCGCCGCCGCUGCUGCGGCCCCCGACUGCGUCCCCAAAGACACCCUCGCGCAAUCGAUGGCUUCGGGCACCCAAGACAUCGCCGCCCUUUCCGCCCUCCUCUUCUCCGGCUCCGUCGAGCGCAACGCCAUCGCGACCCACCUCGGACUGGGCAACCUCUCCAUCUCACAACUCUCGUUACUGGGAAUGCUGGGGAUGGUUAAAUCGGCGUUAAAGAUCGCGCUCGGGAAUGAUCGUUGUCAAGCUGCGGGAUUCGGAUUGGAGUCGCUGCGCGGAAUAUUCGGAUACACGGCGCUGGAGGCGGAGUCGAACGCGCUGAUUGUGGAGUGUGAUGUUGUGCGCGUCGAGUUCGAGGGACAAGCAACCAAGACGAAGGGCCGAAGAGGAGGCGAUCUGGUGAUCAAGAAGUGGAAGCGAUUCUUCAACACUGAGACGAAUCCACUGCUCGAUAUCGCGGCGCGGUAUGGCACCGAUCAUACGGGGAAGGGCGGUCUGCGGUUGACAGGCUUCACCGCGCUGAACUUGGGAGAUCCGACGAAAGACGGGAGCUGGGGCCAGAGCAUCUGGCUCCACCUGCUCUUUGGAAUACUCUGCACGGGUAUUACGUCGUGGCUGCUGAUUGUGGUACAGACGUCCUGGAGCUGGGUUCGCAUCCACGCCACGGUCGGGAUGCACGCGUCGCUGCUCGUGCUGUUUGCGAUGCCGCUGUUAUAUACGUGGAAGACGCAACGGCCGGGAACUUAUCUUACCAUUCCCGUCUGGAACGCUCUAAGCGCGUGGAAGUCGGAUGUCCGGACGAUGGAGUUGCUGCAAUGCAGGCUGGGGCAUGGCGACGUGCUGCAUGCCCAAGGCAGCUCCCUCUUCCUGCAUGAUUGGCCAACGAGGGUCAUCGCGCUUCUGGCUGCUCUUUCUUUGGUCGUGGCGUACAUCUGCCAGUAUUCAAUCCUGACAGACGCGACGAACGAAUCAGCGCUGCUUUGGCUGGCCUUACAAGGAGUAGCAGCGCUCAUACGAUCCGUUUACUGGCUAUCCACGCCCCAGGGAAAAGAGCUGCCGAAAACCAGUGUCGCCAUUAACGACUAUGCGGAAAAACCGUUCGUAUUGAUCCAGAAUAGCGCGCCGAAGAAGGUCACACUCGCGGAGCUUAUCUGUGCCUGCAAAACCGGCGAGACUCGGAUUCCUCUCUGGGUCUGGACAUACCUCCGCGACACGGCCAUUGAAGACAUCGUGCUUGAUGGCGCAAAUAGAGGCCCAGAAGACAUCAUCCCAAUCGAUGCCGAAUGGGCGAGAAGCAAAGAGUGCAUCCCUUCUUCUUAG